UUGAAUGGGUGAUGCUGAUCCUAGGCAUCACUUGUCACGUGGUCCUCACAGUGACUGGUAGCACUCUUCCGGUGGUGUACAUAGAGAGUCUCGGGAUCAACAUCACCGGAAACGCUCAGGAUGAUCAAAAGGCUAUUCAGAGAGUGCUCAGAGAAAUGAACAUGACCUUGGCUGAAUUGUUAAAUCUUCUCCCGGAAAUCGAUAAAUGGACAUCCCUGAAUGAUUCCAUUUCGUUUCCCAACACGGAAGAUGUAAAUGAAGAUGGCGCUGUUGUCAGCUGGGGCGUGAUCAUUCCUGUUAUACUGAUUGUUGUAUUCCUGGUAACAGUAACAACAUGCUUACUUUGGCACACAUGGAUCAAUCGAAGACGACCAAAUGUAUCGGUAGACAAAACUCCAGAUGCCAAUAUUGGUGGUCGAUUUAAGAGAGGCAACAAAAAUACUUCGGACUUUGUGCGCGGAUCCACCAGGUCCACCACUCCUCUUCGAUCAAGCGUUAGGGAAAACGUUCAUGUAACGGCCUUACCACACCAACACACCGACAAGUUUACGUUUGUGUGGGACAAAGACAAUUGGAGACUAUGCCCGCCAUCAGAAUCGCGACUACAGAGGUCCGACCACAAUAAUAACGCCCUGCGCCAACAAUUAUCACCCAUUGAAGAAUCCGAAACAUCCAUUGCCAACGUCUCCAGGUCUUUCAACCUUAGAGCACAGCCUCCGUAUUCGCCAUAUCACCUUACAUACAUCCACGCGCCACCUCCAUCUUAUGAGGAGUCGGAGGUGAGUUCUACAGGAAAAACCAUUCCGAUGCAUUCCUUACAAACCACAAAUACAACCCAAAGUGAAGAAUCCUGCAGUGCCUGUUUGAAGCACGGUAAAUCACUCACUAUGAGUUCGCCAUUUUAUCCACAUCACAACACACCCACAACAGAGUGCGAUUUGGAUGAUCCAUCGAACAAGAAAUUUAAUUCGGUAGCAACCACAACCCUAUCCCAAUAUACUAGCUAUCCCUCAUCACCAAUGUCGUCAUCUGCCAGGAGUCUUACCGCUUCAAACAUUGACACGGGACCAGAAGCCUCUUUGAUGAUGUCCUACCAAGAACCUGCGUGUCCACCGUCUUCUUUGCAGAGUGAUUUUGCUCAAUCGACUAACAAAAUUUCAGGGAGAGUCAGUCAUAACGGAAGUGACGUCAGUGGAGGCGUACCCAGCCUUCCUAGCAGCAUCUUGUGUUAUCACCAAGAAAUGGCAGGAGAUAACAGUCUGAAACCUUUCGGGAAAACUCCCAAUUUCUCUCCCCAUGCUUUUCAGGGAAGCGCUGGAAGUAGUUUGAUGUCCGCCGACACUCACUAUGAAGACAACACCUCUCUCCUGCCCAAUGUAGGAAGUAGCAAUACCUCGGAGAAUCCAACCGGAUCUCUUCAAUUCCAUACCAGUCUGUCCCUUAAUCCGUCCCUUCCUCUCUCCCAUUCAGCAAUACCUUCUUUACAGAAUUCUUUGAAUCCUUCAAUUCAGUUUGCGACAUCGUUCAAUCCAUCUAUCCAAUACUUCAAUACCCUGAAUCCUUCGCUUCGGUAUGCAAAUUUUGCUUCCUGUCAAAAUAUCAGUGCCGAGGACCUGUCGAAAAUGGUGGAUGAGAUGUCCUCUAUUCGUCCAAUUUCACAUGAGGACACGGUAAAUCGUGGUGCUGUCAUACAUAGUGUAAUUGGAUACGAUGGGACUGUAGGACAGAGCUAUGUAGCUGAUAUAUGCCCACCGCAAUCAGUAAGUGAAGUCGAUACAAACUUCCACCAGAGUAUCACCGAGCUGUUCAAAAGUUGGAGCGUCACGGCUGAACUGGAUUACAGUUCUCUUAGUUCACACACUGCCUCGCAGCGUGCGGAUCCAACUGUGGCUUUAGAUCGCCAAUCGGAGCACAGUUCUUUUGCUGCGUCACAACCCACAGAGACGUCAUCUGUUUGGGAACAGCGACAAGACAUACGGAUGCAGGAGAGACGCAAGAAUCCCGAUGAUUUCCGCAGACAGCACGUGCAGUUAGAUCAGUUACCCAUUCCUGGCAGACGAGUUCAGUUUGAUGUACCCAUUCUCGUCAACAAAACUUACUGGGUUUGAAAUCUGAGUGUGUAAUGGUGAAUUGAAUUACAUUAAAAUUCAUCUGCUAAACAUUUUGAAUAUUGUCCAUGCAGCAAUUCAUAUUCUAGCAUUAAUACGAGGAAAUGGCUAGUUACUGUACCUAUACCUAUCGUUGUCAAUAUUAUAAUACAUGUCAUAAUUGUACAUAGAUAUCAUCUGAUAUUUUGUUUUCAAUUUAUAAGUAUCAAAACUUAUAGAAUAAUCUAUCUACGCCUCGAAUGUUUUGAAGUGCUAUUUCUUAAUCUUAUUUAUCUACUUGUUUGUAAUAAAUCAAACUUAUUUGCAUUUUCCAGAUGUUGUAGAACUGUAGUAUGAGCACUGAAAUAAAGAAAGGUUCAUAAUCGUCA